AUGACAUCGGAAGACUGUGCAACUGUCCUCGAACAGUUCAUUCACGAUGUCGCAAAUCUACCGGCCGAAAUCACGCAUCUAAUGGAAGAAAUCCAAGCCAAAGACAAAAUUAUCCAAGAAUGUCGCACAACAAUCAACUCCCGAGACAACAGCAUACAGAAAUUCAUUAAACUUAACGGCAGUCUUGCGCCGAACCCCAAGGAGGAACAAUACAGCAAGACCAUCUUACAAAACUUUGACCGAUGCCAGAGUCUGCAAGAUGAGAAGAUACAUUUAAGUGAAAAGGCUUGCGUGUUGCUGGAUCGACAGAUUAAGAAGCUGGAUAUAAAGAUUGGUGAACUGGUGAAGGAUGGGAUAUUGUCAAAUGAUCCUCCGCUGCCGUCGUUGCUGGAUAAUAAGAGUCAAUAUGCGGAGCUGCCGGCAGCGUUUAUGCAAGAUUUAGCGGCAGCAGCGGCGUCGACGUCCGGUACUUCGACUGCGUAUACACCACUGAAUCCUACGUCUGGGAAUGUCGCGACACCUGUAUCGGCUGCUCAGAGAAUAGGCCAGGCAGGCUCCCGUGCAACCAGCGUUACUGCUGGACACCACCAGACCCCCAGCAACCGUGGUUCGGCACCCUCGACACCAACGGCAGCAGCUUUACAUCUUCAACAACGGCAACGAGAAUCCUCAGCGGGUGCAGUGGAUAGCAAACGAAGACGAUUGAAUGCCUCCCUCGGCACACUCCCUGCUGCACCUUCAAAUCUGCGUCAAUCCUCCCUAGGACCUGGUACACCCAAGCCCGGAACACCAGUAGCAAGCCGUGCAGGAAGCGCAGGACCUCGCGCAACGGGCGUCACCAAGAAAGCAACUACCAAGAAAGUAGCCCCGCAUCAACAAAUCAAGAAAAUCAAAGCCGGCAGCAACAUUGCAAAAAUCAUCAAGCGCUCGUCUAGUGUGGGCAUGAAGAUGAAGAGUGGACAUAAGAAAACCCCCUCUACGGGGGAUAUAGAUGAUGACGAUGAUGAUUCAAUGCUCAGUAGUGCCGAGGUCUCUGAGUCUGAGGGUGCGAGCGUUACGACAACUACUAGACGUACGGCGGGACAUGGUCCGAAUACCAUGGCAGAUUCUGACGAAGAGUUGGACGAAGAUGAGGAUGAGGGCGGUGAAGAUACAAAGGUUUAUUGUACUUGUCGCAGUGUCAGUCAUGGAGAUAUGGUGGCCUGCGAUAAUGAUAAUUGUCCAUAUGAGUGGUUCCAUUGGAAGUGUGUUGGGUUGACGAGGGAGCCCUUGGGGACUUGGUAUUGUGUGGAGUGUAGACAGACAUUGGGAAAGUAG